GUUUAUAAGUAUAUAGGCGACUGACACGUUUACACGCGAAGUCGAGAGUGUUAAAAUAUUAUUAUUAUUAAAAAAGACUGAUUAGAUUACAGAACUUUUUUCAAAUAGAUAUCUCUUUUAGUAUUCGCAGUCGAAGAGAAAAGAUCAAACAUGGCUGGGAAUAACGCAAAACGUUUGCUUAAAUAUGUGUCUGAACAAACUGUUAUAUCAGCAAGAAAUUAUGGCACAGCCAAAAGAGUGGUGGCGUCAAAGCCUGUUGUAGAAAUGGAUGGAGACGAGAUGACUCGUAUCAUAUGGGAGAAGAUAAAGGAGAAACUUAUCUUUCCUUAUGUCAAGCUAGACUGCCUGUACUAUGACCUUGGGCUGCCGCACCGUGACGCGACCGACGACCAAGUGACCAUCGACGCCGCGCACGCUAUACUCAAACACAAUGUUGGCAUCAAAUGCGCCACCAUUACCCCUGAUGAACAAAGAGUGGAAGAAUUCAAACUGAAGAAAAUGUGGCUCAGUCCAAACGGCACCAUCCGUAACAUUCUGGGCGGCACAGUCUUCCGCGAGCCCAUCCUGUGCAAGAGCAUCCCGCGAGUGGUGCCCGGCUGGACCAACGCCAUCGUCAUCGGCCGCCACGCGCACGGCGACCAGUACAAGGCGCAGGACUUUGUGGUGCCUAAACCUGGCAAGGUGGAGAUGGUUUACACGGCAGAGGAUGGUUCAGUGGAGAAGCGUGUGUUAUACGAUUUCAAAACACCUGGCGUCGCUCUGGGAAUGUACAACACUGAUGAAUCUAUUAAAUCCUUUGCGCACUCCAGUUUUCAGGUCGCACUGCAAAAGAAAUGGCCUCUAUAUUUAUCCACAAAGAACACAAUUCUGAAACGUUACGACGGCCGCUUCAAAGACAUCUUCCAAGAGAUUUACGACAGUGACUACAAGAAACAGUUUGAGGAUGCAAAGAUCUGGUACGAGCACCGUUUGAUAGAUGAUAUGGUGGCUCAGGCGAUAAAGGGUUCAGGCGGCUUCGUUUGGGCGUGCAAGAAUUAUGAUGGCGAUGUCCAGUCUGAUGUUGUUGCACAGGGCUACGGCUCGCUGGGCAUGAUGACGUCAGUGCUGAUGUGCCCCGACGGGCGCACGGUGGAGUCGGAGGCGGCGCACGGCACGGUGACGCGCCACUACCGCAUGCACCAGCAGGGCAAGCCCACGUCCACCAACCCCGUGGCGUCCAUCUACGCGUGGACCAGGGGCCUCAUCCACCGCGCCAAGUUGGACAACACGCCGGAGCUUGAGCGAUUCGCUAACUCGUUAGAAGAGGCUUGCGUCGAAUGCAUAGACGCGGGCAAGAUGACGAAGGAUCUAGUCAUUUGUAUCCACGGUAUGGCCAACACUAAAGACGGGAUGUUCCUGCACACAGAAGACUUCCUUCAAGCAAUCGCUGAACAGCUAGAGCGCAAACUGGCCAAUUGAACAUGUCCUAUAGUUAGAACAAAAUGGUAGCUAAUAUUAUUUAAAAUCAUUACACUUGUUUUACACAUUUGAAAUGGAAAUACAUUUUUUGGCCUUGUAUAUAUUUAGUUACUUUUUAAUAAUUUUUCUCUGUAACAUUUUUGGGACCAUGUAAUUUUACCGCUUUGUAAUUGAGUUAUGUGGAUGUGUUGAUUGAUUUUGCAUCAUUUUAUGAAAAAAUAGGUCCAGGUGCUAUUGUUACACAAGGGUAAUAGAGAAAUCAAUCUUGUACAAAUAUAAAAAGUAUAUUUUGUUCAGG